AUGACUUUGAAGACAGAUCACUUAAACGGUAUUGGAAAUUCCUCUAACAACGGGGAUGCAUUCUCUACAUUAUCCCCUGGACAAGUCCCAUUCGAGAGCAUUGUUCCUCAUCCUCCAUCAACAUUUCUUGGUCAUGUGAAAUUAGUAGUGUUAAAAGUUGGACGAACUUUGUGUAAGUGGAUUUUUAUCUUUUUCACAUGGCCAAUAUUACUUUUUGUUCAUUGCAUGCUAUUAAUUCUAGACCGACAUAAUCGUCGAUUGGUUGCGCAACAUCAUCAACGAUGGCCAUUUCAAAGUGUACCUCAUGUACGUCCUGUUCGUGUACAGGCAUCAAGAGAAUUUCCCAUUGAAAACUGGCAUCUCCGUUGUGAAGAUGGACGUCAGCGUUGGCACUAUGGUGAAUUAUUAAAUGAAGAAGAAGGAAAUACACUUGGUAAAGCUCAAUGUGCAGGAUUAGAUUUUCUUCCUUCUCAUGAUGUCCCUAUGGUGGGUGUACACUAUGAGCAAACGGCGGCUGCAGCGGUUACACCAACAAAAGAACCAGAUAUGCGUGCCAUUAAAGAAGAGCGAAGACGAUUUGUAGAACGUUAUCAAUUGGGUCUUUCAAAUACAACACGAGUGAAACGACGGGCUUCUGUAGAAGAAGCUAUACGAGAUGGAGUAAAAUUUUUAAUACGUUUACAAGAUCCAUAUUCAGGUCAUUGGCCAAAUGAUUACAGUGGACCACUAUUUCUUACACCUGGUAUUAUAUUUGUAAAAUUUAUUGUUGCAGGUGGUGAUAUUAAAAAGAUGUUUCCCCCAUAUAAAGAUCAUCGACACAAGGAUGAUGCACCAUGUAAAUGUGGAGAAGCAGAACGUUUAGAAUUAAUACGAUAUUUACGAAAUUAUAUGAAUGAAGAUGGUGGUUUUGGUCAACACACAGAAGGACAUAGUACAAUGUUGGGUACUGUUCUCAAUUAUGUGGCCAUGCGUUUAAUGGGAGUAUCAUCAGAUGAUAAGGAUGCUAUUCGAGCCCGAUCAUGGAUACGUUCUAACGGUGGUGCUGUUUCUAUUCCUACUUGGGGAAAAGUUUGGCUUUGUAUUUUAGGUUUAUAUGGUUGGGAAGGUAUAAAUCCUGUACCACCAGAAAUGUCUAUAAUUCCAGAUUGGUUACCUUUUUCACAAGGACGUCUUUGGUGUCAUAGUCGUGUAGUAUCUGUACCAUUUUCAUACUUGUAUGGAAUGCGUUGGUCUUGUCCUUUGUAUACAGUUUUAGAAAGUUUACGACAAGAAUUAUAUACGGAAUCAUAUAGUCAAAUUUCAUGGGAUCAACAUCGUGAUAAUGUUUGUUACAGAGAUUGUUACACUCCAAUUUCACCAUUUUUUAAACUUAUUGCAAAAAUUCUUCUUUUUUAUGAACAAUGGCAUAUUAAAAGUCUUCGUCAGUAUGCAAUGGAAGUAGCAUGGACGCAUAUUGCAUAUGAUGAUGAAAAUACACAUUUUAUUUGUCUUGGUCCAGUAAAUAAAGCGUUAGAUAUGCUUAUUACAUGGAUUCGUGAAGGUGAAAAUAGUGGACGCUAUUUAAAUCAUCUUGAUCGUGUAAGUGAUUAUUUCUUUAUGGGACCUGAAGGAAUGCGAAUGAGUGGAUACAAUGGAUCACAAUUAUGGGAUACUUCUUUUGCCGUUCAAGCUAUUUGUGCCUGUGAUAUGGAAAUGUUGUAUCCACAGGAGAUGGCACUUGCUCAUCACUAUGUGGAUGUUGCACAGGUACGUGAAAAUCCUAAAGCAGCCGCACAAUUCUAUCGUCAUCGCACCAAAGGAGCAUGGAAUUUCAGUACAGCCCCACAAUCAUGGCAGGUUUCCGAUUGUACAGCAGAGGGUCUUCGUGUAAUUUUAUUAUUACGUCAUAAACCUUUCCCUGUUUCUCGUAUUCGUGAUGCUGUGGAUGAGAUUCUUUCCUUGCGAAAUCGUGGUAGUGGAUGGGCCUCUUAUGAACCAACACGGGGACCAUCCUACUUGGAACUUCUUAACUGCACGGAUGUUUUUAAAGAUGUGAUGAUUGACUACAGUUAUGCGGAGUGUAGCAGUAGUUGUGUACACACGCUCGCUCUCUUUCGAGAACUCUACCCUGGCUAUCGCCGUACAGAAGUCAAUCAGGCUAUUCGCGAUGGUGUACGGUGUGUGCUGGAGAAGCAGCGCCCUGAUGGUUCCUUCUACGGCAGUUGGGCGGUGUGUUUCACGUACGCGGCGUGGCUGGUGGCGAGUGCCCUCCGCGUCUCUGGCGAGUUGCCGUCGAUGGCGACGCACCCGGCGUGUGUGGCCCUCGCGGACUUCCUGUUGGCCCACCAGAACGCGGACGGCGGGUGGGGCGAAGACGUGGCCGCGGGGGCGCGGGGCGUGUGGGUCGACUCGGCCAGCGGCAGUCAAGUCGUCCAGACGGCGUGGGCCCUCAUGGCCCUCGCGGCCGCCGCCGGGGGGGACCCGCAGCGACUGAGCCCCGCCCGCCGGGAGACACUCGCCGCCGCGAUGGACCGCGCCGCCCGGCUCAUAAUGGCCCGGCAGCUGGAGACCGGCGACUGGCAACAGGAGCGCAUCAGUGGGGUCUUCAACGGGAAUAACCCCAUACACUAUCCAGGGUAUAAGAAUACCAUGACCGUCUGGGCCCUGGGCGUCUACGCCGAAUGGAGACGAGCCUACAAUAGGCCAAGACCAACACUACACCGUCGUUGA